CGACGAGAGCACGCGAGCGUUGUGGCCGAGGCGGCCGCGGAGUCAUGAGUUGAGGAUCGACGAUUUGCUGGCAGAGAGGAAGUGAGUUAGGGAAGGCAGAGGAGGGAGGGCGAGAGAGAGGUUGGCGCGGGCGAAUGCGACUCCACCCAUGAGCCCCUCGCCUCCCUUCCCCUCGCCUGUGCCCCCUUCGCAUUUGUCGUCGUCCUCUCCUCAUCCAGGAAUCAUUGGGGAGCACCGGUCCGUUCAACAACACAACCAUCUGAGUAGCCUGCAGCAACAGCAGCAUCAAGAGCCUCCGAAUGGAGAGUAUCUGUUGCACCUCCUGCAGUCCGGGAAUCAUCAAGUCCAACACCACAAUGUUGUUGGCAAUGGUGGCGAGCGUGGCUACGAGCCACAACCUCAUUAUAACUUCUCGCUGCCGGGAAUUGUCCCCGGAAACGACAUCCCCAUGGCCGCCUGGGAUCCAGCCGUCGCUGCUCUCGGUCCCAGCCAUUCUUUCAAUGGACUGGGAUCAGCAGGUGGCGAGCGAGACAUAUUCCCCAGGCUCUACAACUCUCAGUAUAAUGUGUCGUUGGGCUCCGGAUGGCCCAACCAGCAACAGCAUGCUGUUGGUGUGGCACCUCUAACUUCUGUUUCUUCUCCUUCGUCAACCACCUCUUCUUUGUCUUCUCAUGUAGAUCUCCGCAUCCUCCAGGGUCGCACUGGAGGACAUACUUUGGUUUCAUCUCCGGGGGUGGGGGUUCUGCCGUCGUCUCUGUACGGAGGCCACGUCGAGAUGGUGCCGAGAAGGUCGACCACCCCUCACGAGUGGCAGCAGCAGAGUCCAUCCUCCGUCGCAUCUCAUCAGCUGCGAGGCAUGCUUACGGAGUGCGAUAUCUUCUCCAACUCGUCGAACGUGUCCCCCAGCAAUUUCAGCAGCAGCCGUGCGAGCAAUUCCGGCGAGCGAACGCCCCAUCAGCAAUUCUACGGGGAUGGGGCCGAGCUGAUGAAGCUGUUGCAGAUUUCGUCAUCAAAACCUGUUGGAGUCGGUGCAGCAGAUCCGCUGAAGGUGGAGAAACAGCAGCUGAUGGGAUUAAGCAUAGGAGGGAGUUGUGGUGUUCCCCAGAAAGUGAGCCCAGCGAUUGUUCACGGUCCUAUCGGGCCUCCCAAACGCCCUGAAACGAACAGGUCCUCCCCCGCUGACGAUAUCUUAGGUCGAUUUUGGCCAGCUCCCGCUGCAUCGAUAUCCAAUGGGCUGCAGCAUCCACAGGACAUUAGCAGUAGCAUUAAUCUCAAAUCGCUGGGGUUUCCCUACAAGGAGGCGAAUUCCGGGUCGUUGCCUCCGUCCAAAGACAACAGGGGUUGGUGGGGCGAGCCGCCUCCCGGUGAUAAGAAGUUCGAGGCUUUCGCAGCAGGCGAGUCCUUGGCGCCUCAUCCUUCCUUCGGCAGUAGUGAUGGAGUCGGUGGCCGCUUCGCCCUGGCAAACCGAUUUUACGCGUUUAAUAAAGGUGGUCUUUCUGACAAUUUGGAAUAUCACGACGGGAGAGGGCUGCUGGGAGGAUGGAGCGGAGAGCUAUUCGACGAUGGAGUUGGGUCUGGUGUGACAGGUCCUCAGUUCCGCAAAAGCCAGAGGCCUCGUGAAGACGCGCAGCUUUAUGUGAAAUCUAUGGAUACCAAUUUAAAUUUGAAUUCGUCUAAUCACCAUCACGAUCGAGAACACGUAGAGAGUCCGUCGAAAGAAUCCGAGCUCGACUGCCCUCGGGACAACGGCCGAGCUUCGGAAGGGACGAGGGUCGUAGGAGGCCGCAGGGGCUCGGGCUCCCGCAGCGACGCAGGCCGGCGAGGCGGGCGGACGGUUGUAGGCCAGUGGGUAGCUGUGAAUGAGAGGCAGAGGGAGAGGGAUGGUCUGGACGCCAGUGGACCGAGCGAAAGUGCCGAAAGCGGGUCUGAUAAGGGCAGCAAUUCCGCCGGGACCUCAUGCAAGGAGGAAGCGCUUGUCGUGGCCAAGGAAGGAAGUGGGUCGCAGAAGGCCAGAGACGACUUGAAGCGGAGAAGGGGGCAGCAGCAGGAAUGGCGCAUGAAGACUCCUCCGGCUCAUGCUCAGACCCAGGCGCAAGCCCAGUCCUCGUCUCACGCAAAGAGUUCUGAAUUCUCCUCCGGUGCUGAUUCCUCUGAGAUGAUCAAUGGGAACUAUCGAGUCUCCUCGCCCCUGAAAAUUCGUCCUCUUGCUGCUCAAGUCGAUCACCCGGGAUUGCCGUCGAGUGUCGUUCCCGAUUCUGCCUCCGUUCCAGGAUCUGCUGUGGAGGAUGCGAAGAAGAUCUACCAUGACCGCUCGAAUUUCCACGCGAACGGGGGAAGUGAUAACCACGAUGAGGGUUUGGCGAAGGAAGAGGAGGAGGAACUCCGAGAAGCGUUUGCCGGAUACUUGGACUUGAUGGAUGAACCGGAUAGCCACAAACAGUCGUUUGGACUUGGUCCUGCUCAAGAGGAGGUAGAUUACGAAACACGCCAUGAACGAGAGUUCCGAAGACAUCCACAUCGCACUCUUGCCAUGCCUUCGUUGAGACCCGAGAUGCGAUACCGACCAGAUCUUGAGAAGUUCACUUUCCAGAUGCUACAGAUGUAUCAGUCUUUGAUCCCUCCUGAAGAGGAAGAGCGAAAGAGGCGACAGUUUUUGUCUCAUCUGGACCAGUUGGUAGCCCGCGAGUGGCCUGGAGCUCGCCUUUUUCUCUUUGGAUCUUGUGCUAAUGCAUUCGGUGUGUGCAACAGUGACAUUGAUGUAUGUCUGUCUAUCAAUGAUGAUCAGCUCAGUAAAGCUGACCUUGUGCUGAAGAUGGCUGCUAUUUUGCGAUCAGAUAACAUGCAAAAUGUUCAGGCCUUGACGCAUGCACGAGUCCCCAUCGUGAAGUUUACGGAAUCCACGACUGGCAUAUCAUGUGAUAUUUGUGUUAAUAACAUGCUGGCAGUUGUAAAUUCCAAACUUCUGCAUGACUACUCCCAGAUCGAUGUGCGUCUGCGACAGCUGGCAUUUUUGGUUAAGCAUUGGGCCAAACGUCGUCAAGUGAAUGAAACAUACCGGGGCACGCUUUCCAGCUAUGCAUAUGUGCUAAUGUGCAUCCAUUUCCUUCAACAGCGCAAGCCCGCAAUUCUCCCAUGCCUACAGGACAUGCGGCCAACGUACAGGGUGACCGUUGGCAACAUUGAGUGUGCAUAUUAUGAUCAAAUUGAGACCUUGCAGUCGUUUGGUGCUAAUAACAAGGAAACCUUGGGAGAACUUUUGACUUCCUUUUUUGAGUAUUGGGCUUUUCGCCACGACUACACCAGAGCAGUCAUAUCAGUUCGCACAGGGGGCUAUCUCAGCAAGGAUGAGAAAGAAUGGACUCGGCGCAUCGGCAAUGAGCGUCAUCUUAUCUGUAUCGAGGACCCCUUGGAGGUUGCACAUGACUUAGGGCGUGUGGUGGAUCGUCACAGCAUACGUGUACUCCGUGAUGAGUUCCAUCGGGCUGCUAAAAUUCUUCGUCAUGAUCUGAACCCAUGCACAACUCUUUUUGAACCUUUCGUCAGGGAGAAAUAGCCCCCAAAACCUUCAUCAACCCUAUUCAAGAAUGGUCUUCGAGACCUUUACUGCUGCAAAUCAUGCAGAGUGGCAGCUAGGUGGUGAAUGCUGAGAAUAUACAUAUUGUGGGUUUUUUCCGGGGAGUGUGUAGGGAAUGAGGAAAUUAGAUUUCUCAAACGAUUGGAUCAAGUGAGCCAAUGGCGAUUGCUUACGUGCCUCACAGUAAAGCUUUGUACAGAAUCACCUGUUGUCCAGAUUCAGGUGGGUUGUAAACCGGCAUCGUCGAAUUUCUCACCAGCCAUAGUACCGUUCUGGUCCACCAUAUAGGGAGAUUAUCAUAGCUUCAGGUUGUGACAUCCAGUUUUUUGGUGCUGGUGGAGGAGUGUGUACCCUUUUUCCUAGCUUGAGAUGGAGGGAGAUUACUUUUCCCUGUGAUAAGGAAGAUGCGAUCAAUUGGGUCAUUUUCCUUCACGUUUUGCGGCUGGAUACCCUCAAGAAGUGUUUGCUUGUAUAUAGAUGGGAAAGGCCAAUAGCAUUGGAACUUUGGCCCGUCAGUUGGAUCAGGCACAUUUGGGAUGGAAGUCUUCGAAGCCACUUUGGAAGGCAGGCAGGCAAGCGACAGGCUGUGAUUAAACCACCCUUCGGAGUCGGGUUUGGAAGGCAGAUGUUUGGCUAGUUACAGCUAGAGCCAAAAUGGCAUAGGUGGGAAUCUGAAAGAGGAGAAUUGACAGGGUUGGUACGUGCUGGUUCAUCAGUAUCUUGACUAAGUUUUGAUGUCGCAGUGAACUCGUCAGUAGGCACCCAUUGAACUUUCUAGUUUGGUAGGAACGUGUGCUCCAUCUCGACGUUUGACCAGCAGAAAUUUGGAAUGAGGUUCUUUAAGUGACGGUCUGUCUGGGUAGACGGGAGUGCGAGUCUGAUCAGUAGCAACUGACCGUAGAUAUGUAGAUGUUCUUAUUCCAGACAUGCUAUAUGUUUGCUGGUAUACGGACAGCUUAGUAAUCAUUUAGCCUCUGAACUCGUCAGUUCAAGCACUGCGCACCGGUCGGGUGUCCCAUGCUAGAGAUUUAUACAAAACAGAAGGCAUCUUAACCAAGAAGGGGGCAGUUUCUUGUAUUUUGACAUUAAGUUAUUCCACUUUGAGGAAAUUUGUGGUAGAAUCUGUGUUUGUUGUCAUGUAGCUAGCGGUUUUUCAAGUGCCAAAGCCGCUCAGCCGGGUUGUAGUAAGGACAUGGUGCCGAAAGGGAGAGAAGGCGGCACUCUUCAGAUUGCUCGUGGAACCGACCAACCAGUUCACACCUGCAGUAAAGUAGGGUUGUAAUACUGGACUACAAUAAGUUCCAGAGGUUCCAGAUUAGGGUACUUACGUGACUCUUUACUGCCAGGGCUCACUUCAUGAUUACAACAGGACAGGCUCACUUAUUAGUGAUUCUUCAUUCAAGAGGACAUCGGCCCAUCAGACUGGAUCGUGAAACAAAAUGUCCACAUUUCUGUCCUCGUCUUUUCCGAGAACAGUUGGACGGAACAGAGCCCGUGGCGCCCGUCAUUACAUUGGUGUUCUGAGUAUAUCUAGGUCCUUCAAAUUUAAGGGAUGUCCGUAUUGGUGAAAGAUAUUCAUGAGAAGUGACUUAUUUUACUGUACCCGUCAUCGUGCUCGGUCGUGUUUUGUUUUCAAGUACUUCAUGGCUGAUUGAAAGAAAAGGGACUCUGUUUUGUGCCCAGACGUUGACAGAUUUCCCAGCUUCACUUGGCAAAAGCGAUUACAUGAGUGAAGGCGGGUCUGCACCUGAUAAGAUUUCG